UCGUGUCAGGCCCAGCGUUACCGAUAUGUAAGAAAUUUAAACUUCCAGGAAACUAACGAAGUUCCCUCCUCUCAUCAAUUAGUGAGUGAGCAUUCAAAGUACUAUCUUUUUUUAUUAUAUAGAGAUUGUACAGCAUUUUAACGAAUACAGUGAGUGUACAGUGACAGUCCGGCAAUUCUUUGAGUGGUAAUCUGUUUCCUACUUAGGAUUUUCAGAGAUCCGAGAUACCACGUUCUUUGUUCGAAUUCUUUCGAGUGCCCAAGCGUUAUUCGGAGGGUACGAGGAACAGCACGUGGAAUAGUAUUUACGCGCGCGCGCGCGUGCGUGUAUGUGUGGUUAGGCAGUGAAUUUUGCGUCGGUUUGAAAUUGAAACUAGCUUCAAUCGAAUAUAUUAAUAAAAGCCUGCAAAAGUCUUGAGAAAUUCAACUCUACCGAGAUGAAACUAACAUGUACUUUAGUGUGAGAAUGAAUGAUUAUGUUGAGGUGUCACAGGCAUCCCGGAAUGUUCUCCGUGCCUAUUUUUCGCGAACUAUCGAUAAUGCUGAUUGCGACACGAAAUGAUAAGGGACACUAGAGCUCCCCAAAGCUGAGACAGAAUAGCCCAUAAGAUACAAUGUCUGCACGGAUCCUAAGUCUGUGCUACGAAUCAAGUGAGGACGCAUCAGUUACCGACGUUACAAUACGUUGAUAUCAUUUUUAUCAGAACAUUAAUGAACUAUAACACCAUACACUAUAGACCGUGUGAUUGCACUAUAUGACGUCUGGAAAUCCCUAGACAGUAUCCAUGGCUUUGUAAAUGAAAAUUAUAUGUAUGGGAAAUGUACUUCGCAAAAUUUUUCAUAUACGAUUGUUUACGAAAAUGAUCAAUAUUACAAUGAUCGUAUCGAUGAAAGUCAGCGAAUGCCGAGUUAGGGAUAAACGAAUAUUGUUAUCAUCCAACCUAAAGGGAAUUUAGUUCUGUCCAACACAGGAGUCCCUCAUUGUCAGUCGAAUUGAGCGGCUGUGACAGUAAUGGAGAAAGUGUACGUGAUGUGAAAGAUUUUGAAGUUCUCUGGUCAUUUUGUAGAUUUGUUAGAUCAAUUUGAAACCAUGGAAGAGGUAUUUCAAAACGGGAAUUACCAGAGAGAGGCGAAUGCAAAUAUGACCACUACGGAAUUGCAGAAAGAGGAUUCAUUAUUUGAUCAUAUGGAGAUUUCUAUUGUUGAGGCUGAAAAACGUGCAAAUGGAACAUUGAAUUUAAGAGAAUUUUAUAUAGUCUACCUCAUUGAGACUAAAGUUACUGAUGCUGAUUUUAAAGGAGCACUUAGCAAAGUAAGUUCUCUAUGGCGUCGAUAUACGGAAUUUGAAUUGCUCAGGGCUUAUUUAGAGAUUUCAUAUCCAUACAUUGUGCUGCCUCCGCUACCAGAAAAGAAAGUUCUCUAUCCCUGGCAAAAAGUUACUACCGAUACAUUUGAUCCAGAUUUUGUUGAUCGACGUAGAGCAGGACUUGAGAAUUUCCUUCUGAGGGUAGCAUCACAUCCUAUAUUAUCUCGUGAUGAACAUUUCAUGGGGUUCCUACAACAAAAGGAUGGUUGGAGAGAAAGCGUUAAAGAGACUGGAUAUUUACAAUUAGCAGAAUCAAAAUUAAAAGCUUUGAGUGUAGCAGUGAGAUUAAGGAAACCAGAUAAACGAUUUGAAACAAUAAAAAAUUAUGGAAUUGAACUACAGAAUAAUUUAUGCAAUCUUCUUCGGGUACGAGCACGUUUAGUAGAGAAACAAUAUAGUUUGUAUAAACUACAUGCAAACUAUGGUCGUGUGUUCAGUGAAUGGAGUGCCAUAGAAAGGGAAAUGGGUGAUGGAUUGCAGAAAUCGGGCCACUAUCUGGAUUCAUUAGCUGCAACAAUAGACACAACUCUUGAAGAAGAAGAAUUAAUAGCAGAUCAAUUAAAAGAAUGGCUGUUUGGCGCUUCUGCAUUACAAGCAGUUGUCAAGCGAAGGGAAGCUCUACAGUUAACUAAAGACGAAGCACAUGAUUCUCUGACUACUGCAUUGGAACAAAAAGACAAAGUCAUGCAAGGAAAGUCAGGGUUAAUGUCACGGUUAUUUGGUUCAGUAGAUACAGAGGAAGUUCGUGAAUUGAAAAUAUUGCAAUUAGAGCAAAAGAUUGCACAGCACGAAGAGGCAGUCAAAAGGGUAGAUGAAGAUUUAAAGUCUUUCUCUAUUAAAGCAAUGAUGGAUAUAGAGAGAUUCCAACAUCAAAAAGUAGUAGACCUGAAAGAAAUUUUGGCUGCAUAUUGCAUUUUACAGUUUAAGCUUGCUAGAAAGGGUCUACAAGCUUGGCAGCAUAUCAAAAGCUGCCUGGAAAGUAUGCCAUAAAAGUCGUAUCUUAUUUCAGCUGACGAAGAACAAUAACUGUUCUCACACCUCUUGCGCGAUAUACAUUCCUAUAUUUGUAAGCUCACUCAUACUAUACGCUUAUUAUUACAUGAAUGUACAAGAUUGUUUCUAUUAUUUAAUGUUACAUUAGACAAUAUUACACAAACACACACAUACACACACACACACAUUUCAUGUUGGAUAUAUAGAUAUGUGAAACAUUAUUUAAUAUUUAUAUGCAUUUAGUACGUCCUUGUUAUAUAUGUAAGAUAUGGUUAAUCAGUUACGUAGAUGUUCAAGCGGUACUUAAGGAUCGUCAUAAAAGAAAAAACGUGGUUUAUAUGUGAUAUAAACCAUUCAUUGAAGUUUUUUGAAUCUUAUCAAUGAGAGUUCGAAGUAAUAUCGCUGAAAAUUUUUAUACAUCGUCUCCACUAUCUGCUCAAUCAAUUCUUCUAUUUCAUCGCCGUCAAUGAAAUAUCUAAAUCGUAUCUUAUUUAUUGAUACAAUUGUUGCAUUUAUUUUUCGUAAUAAUAGAGGUCUUGGCGACGUCGUUAAAUGAUAAAAUUUAAGAGUCUAAAUCGUAUUUUAUAUGUGUAAAACUGUUUUUCUACGUGUACACCUACUUCAGUACAAUUCAGUAGCGCAGCCCAAAAAUGUAUGUGGACACGUAUUUCCUGAUGUCGGACUUAUUUAUAUUUACAGAUCAUACAAUGUACUGCAAUUAACUAAAAUUGAUGGAUGUCUAGUAUACAAAUGUUACAAUCUCACGAUAUCUUCUGUAUAAUAAUAAUAAUUUAAAUUAUUAUUUUGAA